UUGAGCUGAUCUUGGCAUGCUGUGCUGCUAAGAAUAUGGGAAACAAAGGUGGAUUUUUACGUUAUGCAGAUGGUGUUGACAAGUUGCUAUUAUUCUUUGGAACUUUGGGUUGCAUUGGUGAUGGCAUACAAACUCCACUCACUAUGCUUGUUCUUGGCAGUUUGAUAGAUGAUUAUGCUCGUGGUGGUUCUGAACAUAUUGUGUCCAUUCAUAAUAUCAACAAGUAUGCUCUCAAGCUACUUGGUAUUGCCCUUGGAGUUGCUUUUUCUGCUUUUAUUGUUGGAGUAUGCUGGACAAGAACUGCAGAAAGACAAACUUCGCGGAUGAGGAUUGAAUAUCUAAAAUCAAUCCUAAGACAAGAAGUUGGUUUCUUUGACAAGCAAACUAACUCUUCUACAACCUUCCAAGUAAUUGCCACCAUAACUUCUGAUGCUCAAACAAUCCAAGACACCAUGUCUGAUAAGGUUCCUAAUUGUCUUGUUCAUCUCUCAGCAUUUUUCUCUAGCUUUAUAGUGGCACUCUUCCUCUCCUGGAGACUUGCAGUAGCUGCUUUUCCAUUUUCAAUUAUGAUGAUCAUGCCAGCACUCAUAUUUGGAAAUGCUAUGAAAGAGCUGGGUGGUAAAAUGAAGGAUGCAUUCGGAGUUGCUGGUAGCAUAGCAGAACAAGCAAUCUCAUCGGUUCGAACUGUUUACUCGUACGUAGGUGAGAAGCAAACACUGAAGAGAUUCAGUUCUGCUCUUGAAACAUGUAUGCAGCUUGGCAUAAAGCAAGGUCAGACAAAGGGAGUGGUUGUUGGAAGUUUUGGGUUGUUAUAUGCUACCUGGGCAUUCCAAUCUUGGGUUGGAAGUGUUCUGGUUAGGACCAAAGGAGAAAAGGGUGGCAAGGUGUUUUGUGCUGAAAUAUGUAUUAUUUGGGGAGGAUUGUCUCUGAUGAGUGCACUACCAAAUCUGGCUUCCAUAUUAGAGGCGACAAUAGCAGCUACGCGGAUUUUCGAGAUGAUUGACAGAAAGCCAACCAUAAACUCUACAAAAGAAAAAGGAAGGAUUUUGAAGCAUACAAGAGGAGAGAUUACAUUUAAAGAUGUUGAGUUUAGUUACCCUUCAAGGCCAGAUACCCUGAUUCUCCAAGGACUCAAUCUUAAAGUUCAGGCAUGUAAAACAGUGGGCCUGGUUGGAGGAAGUGGUUCUGGAAAAUCUACUAUAAUCUCUUUGCUUGAAAGAUUCUAUGAUCCUACAUGUGGUGAGAUAUUGCUUGAUGGUUUUGACAUAAAAAGACUACACCUUAAGUGGUUUAGGUCCCUGAUAGGAUUGGUAAAUCAAGAGCCAAUUCUAUUUGCAACUUCCAUAAGAGAGAACAUUCUAUUUGGAAAGGAAGGAGCUUCAAUGGAAGAUGUCAUAACCGCAGCAAAAGCAGCGAAUGCACAUGAUUUCAUUGUCAAACUUCCAAAUGGCUAUGAAACUCAAGUAGGACAACUAGGAGCUCAAUUGUCUGGAGGACAAAAACAAAGGAUUGCUAUUGCAAGGGCUUUAAUAAGAGAUCCUAAAAUUCUACUACUUGAUGAAGCCACCAGUGCUUUGGAUUCACAAUCUGAAAGAGUGGUACAAGAUGCACUUGACUUGGCUUCUAGAGGUAGAACAACAAUCAUCAUCGCUCAUCGCCUUUCCACGAUUCGUAAGGCUGAUUCAAUAGUAGUUCUUCAAUCAGGAAGGGUGGUUGAAAGUGGUUCUCACAAUGAGCUACUCCAACUGAACAAUGGACAAGGUGGGGUUUACACCGAAAUGCUAAAUUUGCAGCAAACAAGUCAAAAUGAAAAUGCACAGCAUCAAAUAAACAAGAGCCCUCGUGCAAUGGAAAAUCCAAUAACAAGUUCAAAUCCAAGCCGGAAAAGUACUCCAAUUCAUCAUGCAUUUAGCCCUGCACAACCAUUUAGUCCCAUAUAUUCAAUCAGUGUUAUCGGCUCUAGCUUUGAUGAUGACUACAGCAGUGAAAACGUGGAGAAACCUUACAAAUCAAACAUCUCUCACUGGCGUUUGCUACAAAUGAAUGCUCCUGAGUGGAAGUAUGCUUUGUUUGGAUGUUUAGGGGCCAUUGGCUCAGGAAUAUGCCAACCAUUUUAUUCCUAUUGCUUAGGAAUAGUUGCUUCUGUCUAUUUCAUUGAUGAUAAUGCUCGGAUCAAAUCACAAAUCAGGUUGUACUCAAUCAUCUUCUGCUGCAUAUCGGCUGUGAACUUCGUCUCAGGCCUCAUUCAGCAUCACAAUUUUUCCAUCAUGGGAGAGCGUUUGCUGAAAAGGGUGCGAGAGAAUUUGCUCGAGAAAGUGUUAACCUUUGAGAUAGGAUGGUUUGAUCAAGAGGAGAACACAAGUGCAGUAAUCUGUGCACGCUUGGCGACCGAAGCUAACUUGGUUCGAUCCCUCGUUGCAGAAAGAAUGUCGUUGUUAGUUCAAGUCUCCGUUACUGCAUUGCUGGCUUUUGUACUUGGUUUAAUCGUUACAUGGAGGGUAGCUAUUGUCAUGAUUGCUAUGCAGCCUUUGAUCAUUUCAUGUCUCUAUUCAAAAACCGUUCUCAUGAAGAGUAUGUCAGGAAAAGCAAAAAAUGCUCAAAGAGAUGCUAGUCAAUUAGCAAUGGAAGCUACUACCAACCACAGGACUAUCGCCGCAUUCUCAUCUGAGAAAAGGAUACUAAAUUUGUUCAAAACUGCUAUGGAUGGCCCUAAGAUGGAAAGCAUCAAGCAAUCAUGGAUUUCAGGUUCCAUAUUGUCUAUGUCACAGUUCAUAACAACAGCAUCUAUAGCUUUGACUUUUUGGUACGGAGGCAUAUUAUUAAAUCGUAAACAAGUCGAAUCAAAGCAACUCUUGCAAGUUUUCCUCAUUUUGAUGGGAACUGGUAGACAAAUUGCUGAUACAGGAAGCAUGACUUCUGACAUAGCUAAAAGUGGAAAAGCCAUUAGUUCAGUAUUUGCAAUACUGGAUAGGAAAACUCAGAUUGAACCUGAAGAUACUAGACACACAAAGUUUAAAAAGAGUAUGAAGGGUGAUAUAAAACUGAAAGAUGUGUUUUUCUCAUAUCCUGCAAGGCCAGACCAAAUGAUUCUCAAGGGUCUCAGUCUUGAGAUUGAAGCCGGCAAAACAAUUGCAUUAGUCGGACAAAGUGGCUCAGGAAAAUCCACCAUCAUUGGCUUAAUUGAAAGAUUUUAUGACCCUAUUAAGGGAUCCAUAUUCAUAGACAAUUGUGACAUCAAAGAACUUCAUUUGAAAAGUUUGAGAUCACAUAUUGCAUUGGUGAGUCAAGAGCCUACACUCUUUGCUGGAACCAUACGCGACAACAUUGUAUACGGGAAGGAAGAUGCAUCAGAGGCUGAAAUAAGAAAAGCCGCACGUCUUGCAAAUGCUCAUGACUUUAUAAGUGGAAUGAGAGAAGGGUAUGAUACAUACUGUGGAGAAAGAGGAGUGCAGCUAUCAGGAGGACAGAAGCAAAGGAUAGCAAUAGCUAGAGCAAUGUUGAAGAAUCCACCAAUACUUCUGUUAGAUGAGGCAACAAGUGCUCUUGACAGUGUAUCAGAGAAUCUUGUACAAGAAGCAUUGGAGAAAAUGAUGGUUGGAAGAACAUGUGUAGUUAUAGCUCACCGUUUGUCAACAAUACAAAGUGUUGAUUCCAUAGCUGUGAUUAAAAAUGGAAAGGUGGUGGAACAAGGUUCUCAUUCACAGUUACUGAAUGAUAGAUCAAAUGGGACUUAUUACUCUUUAAUUAGGCUACAACAAAGUCAUUCAACUUGAUAUGUUGUGUAAACAAUUAGUUAGUAUAUGAGUUUCUGGGAUUAUUAUUGCUUUUGGUUAUAUUAUUUCAGUAUAUGGGAGUCCACUUAUUAUAUCACUGUGUGCAAUUUAGAAUAACACAUAUCUGUAUAACUAAUCCUGGAUUCCUGGUCAAGGUUGGAGCAAGGAACAAGUUUAAAAAAGUAUAAUUUAGUAAAUAAAAAAUAAAUUUUUAAAGAAAUUCUAAGAUAUAUCCGAAAC